GGACUCAGGCGAGGGUGGAGCCGUUAUACAAACUUUUAAAGUCUUUGUUAAAAUGCAUUAACCUCCAGGAUUAUACACCAAGUAUCUCAUCCAAGUGUUUCGCGUUUUUCCCUUAAAAGUGACAUGAUGAUGGAAACCCGUAGUUAAAGCAGACCGGAAAUAAUAUUCGUAUUUUCCUGUUAUGUUAAAAUGAAAUAUUGUGACAGUAAACAUUUCUCAGAUAAAGAAGAGCUACUCAAAAUGACGAAUCCUAGAAAAUUUUCCGAUAAACUGGAAAUAAUAAAGCGUAGGGAGGCUGAAGCAAAUGAAGCCUUUGUACAGAUCAUGCGUGAAGUUUCCGAUGCCAGGAAAGGUCCAGCACCGUACAUACGGCAAAAGUAUAAAGGGGGAUCACUACCCAACGUUAACAACUAUGUGAACUCUUCUCAACUGGCAAAUCAGCAGAAUAUGUAUGCUAAUAGCAUAAGUGAUUUUUUUGGACAUCAACAACAACAACAGCAACCACAUAGCUACAGAUAUAUAAAUGCACAUCCAAGAAGAAACAUGGAUCCCCCUGCUGGUCCCAUAUUCCCAUCAAGGAAUAAAGUGCGAUCUUCAACUGUGAUGUCACCAUACAACUUAAGCCAACAGCAGGCGAUUAUUCCUGAACAAAAUGAUACCCCAUCUUGGAGGAGAACUUAUUCAGAUUCAGCUAUUCAACAAACGUUACAACAACCUCCCAAAAAACACUCAGAUGUGAACGAGAUGGGGAAUGGAGUACAAAGGACUUUGCAACCAACGCAAGAAACACAAGAUAUGCAAAAUUACCAAAAUUCUUCUCCAGUGAGUCUCAACUUUAACGACAGUUCUCCCAACAAAAGCCAUAUUGAAAUGCAAGCAAACACAAGUUCUCUACCAGACUUAUCAAACCUAUCUAUACCAUCUCCGAUACAAAACCCUAUCGAUGUGGAGCACGAGGCUAAAAAUUCGACAAACCACGAUGUCACCAACCCCUACACUGUCCCUUAUAGAGGACCGCGUCGAAGUUUGGGCAAGCAAGUCUAUCCACGACAUAUGACGUCCAAUCCAGAUGUGCUAGAGACACUACAGAGAGAAAAGUUACACUUGAACGAUUUUCCAGUGUUAAAUAUGGAGAAGAAUGAUUUAAGCUUGCCAGCUGGUGUUUCUAGUUCGGCACCGCUAUCUCCAGUGACUCCUCCACCUUUUUAUUGGAGUUCCACACCAAUGUCACCCUUAGCAGCAGGAGAUUUAAUGCAACAGGGUCCAACAGAUUUGCAACAACAGCUGCAGCAAUUUCAGAUCCACAGCGAAAAUCGAGGCAACAAUGGUAUGGUUCACCCUCCUCCGUAUCCGUCGUACACGACAGACAAUGAUAGCUAUAAUAACUAUUACUCCAAUUCGUCUUCUUUUUCACCCAAGCAAAAUGUAUAUAGAAUAAACUCAGGACCUGCCCAGUUAACGAGUAACAAUAGCAGGUCGCUUUGUGAUCGACAACUCGAAUCAGCUUUAAUGCGAGUUAAAGCGCAAGACAAUAACGAGUUAAGCGAGGCUGACUUAGAUUCAGUGCGAGUUGCUUUAGAUCCCCUUGAUUUUGACGCUGUUCGAAUGUUGACCAAUGAGAAUACAGAAAUAGUUGACCAAUCAGCAGAAGAGCAAUUCCGAAUGGAGCGGUAUAAUUGAAACAUUAGUACGUUAUUUGUAGGGCUUUAGUGUACAAAAAAGGAUACAGCUGAACCAUUUGUUGAGUCAGCCAGUUUAGUUUUAAGUUUACACACUUCUACGUUGAUGUUAUUCUCCAUCGUUGAUGCUGUAUCCUUUUUUGCACUCUGUAACUAUAUGUCAGAUUGUACAUAGAUACUUGUAACAUAAUGCAUCUUUACAUAUAUUGAUUUUAGGCAGCCUAGUCCCAAAUUCUUUUCACCUCUCUGGUAUAUAGGGUGGGAUAUAUGGGUUAGUACUAGGUUGGGUUUUAUAUGACUUGCUUAUUGUUUACCAAGAAUAAUUUUUUUGAAAAUUUUACAAUUUUAUUUGUGUAAAUGUUUAUAAUAAAAGGUAGAAGUUGAUAUAGAGCCAAGAUAAUGGAAAUAGUAUCUUUGAGGGCUUAAGGUCGGUAAUACUAUCUAAGGCUCCGGCUUCUCCAACGCGCUUUUUCAUUUGUAUAAUUUUAAAAUUUCAUAUUCUUAUGGUUUUAAUUUUUGCUACUUAGAAAAAAGUCUGUGUGACUAUGCAUUUUGUCACUUACCUUAUUCGAAGUAAAGAAGUUAUGAUAAGCUGUGCUUACACCAAAAUGAUUUCUUUGUAUGUGUUGUUCUCUGUUUAUGUACAGGUGCCUGUGAACAUUCACCUACUGUUGUGUACAUAUUUUAUUUCGUUUUGUUGAGAUUUCGUUCUAAAUAAAUACACUAGUUUGUUCACAUGUAUUCAUGAGAGCAUUUUUAGCUGGAGAUUUAUUUUUUUACCUAAUUUGCCGUUUAAGUCUUUACCUUGGUAAUUCUAAAUGUAUAGUCAGUGUGAACACAUCUGUCUCAUUUUAGCAUGUAUAGUUACAACCUGGAAUAUACCGAAAUAUGCUCUGAAAAUAUAAA